GUAGCCAAAGUAGCAGGCCGAGUUCUGCUUUGGUCGAAUUUCGCAUUAAGGAUCUUCUAGACCCUAUACCGUUCUACAAACAGUGCGUCAAAUAUGUCGUAUAUCAUGAGGUUUGCCAGGCACAGUCCUGCGCUUCUACGAUCUCCUUCAGCAUUCAUGACAAGCACAAGCGUGGGUGCACGCAAUCUAGGACAGGAGUUCUUUGAGAAGAACAGCAAGUUGCAGCGUCCCUUAUCACCACAUCUUACCAUUUAUGCGCCUCAGCUGACUUCCAUGCUGUCGAUUACACACCGUUUCACCGGAUGUGGCCUGGCAAUAUUCGUGUACGGCCUGGGCAUUGGACCCCUGCUGGCGUCGCAGCAGUUCCCGUACUACAUGGAAGCUAUGGCAGGAAUAUCCCCAGCCGUUACCAUGCCCAUCAAGCUCGUACUUGCCACGUCUCUAUCCUUCCAUCUGGUCAACGGAAUUCGACACCUGGCGUGGGAUAUGGGUUACGGUUUCCAGCUGAAACAGUUGUACACCUCAGGCUACGCCGUGCUUGCAGUGUCCCUUGUAGCAGGUGUCCUGCUUGCCUUCAAGUGAUCUGGACUAACGAAUCUAGGACAAGUUAUCUGGACAAUGUAGCUUCGAGAAUUUUGCAGAGGAGUCUGAAUGCUAUAUUGAAUAAAAAGGAAAACUCCAGGUUAGGUUUCUGGCUAGCA